UUUUUUUAUCAAAGCUGGGAAAUUCCUUGGAUCUUGUCUUCAAACCAAACGACCCAAAGAGUUCCUGUAUGUCAACUGGAUGUGAUCUGUGAUUAAUCAUGAGAAACGGUGCAAGUCGAUUAAAGAAAAUUUUGUUAUGUGAUGGACGGUUCUCAUUUAAUGAUGUAGAAUGGGUAUGACGAACUCGUGCAUCAUUAUUAUAACUUUAUCCUGAGGGGUCUUGUGAAGGCUAAGCUGUUUUAUCAUGUGAAUACUUUUAAGGCUUAGAAAACAACCUAGCACCGCUCCCUAUUUACUUCAGUCACGCCUUGCAUUGCAUGUCUUUCUUUAUGAACUAGACUACUUGUGUUUAUGUUCUCAUUCAUUCAUUUCAAAGUCCCUUAGCUUGGUGAAUCAUGAAGGACUUAUCUUUCUUUCAGUUGAAAAAUGUUAUGGGAGCUAAGAUGAGGAAAGGCUUUAAAAGCUUCUGUAAUAACGAUACCUCUACUUCCACACUCAAUUAUCAAACCGCAGCCUCUGCUCGUCCUGCACUUUCAUCUCCUAAUUACACCAUGGAUACAAGUGAUGUGAUCCUAAACGAAAGGGGAGGAAGCCAGACAACAUUGGAGGAGAUGUUGCUCCAAUUAGACAUGGAGGAGAAAAUGGCAAAGCUGAACCAAUAUGGGCCGCAUGUCCGUCAUAGAAUGUCAUGUGUUAAUAGUUCUGACAUUCUACGAACAGCAAGGAACGCGUUAAAUCAGUAUCCCCGAUUUUCUCUUGAUGGCAAAGAUGCCAUGUACCGGUCUUCUUUCCGUGACAUGUCUCCUUUACUAAACACUGCCAGAAACUGCAACCGCAAAAUGGACAUGAAAAGUAGUCAAACUCAAAACAUGCCCCCCACAAUAGCAGGAGAGAGAGUGAUUUGGUGUAAACCAGGAGUAGUAGCAAAGCUGAUGGGACUUGAGGCCAUGCCAAUUUCAAUGCACAGAAAGCAUAAAAAGGAUACAAUCAUGAGUGCAGUUAUCAAAAGGCAAAGCCUGAGGAAAAGAGCAGAAAGGUACGAGAUGGAGAAAAAGAGAUCAUCAAGAGGAACGACGGGCUGUGGUGGCCGCAACUCUAGAGAGAUGAAUCAGAACUCUUGCUCUAGAAAUGGCAAUUGUGCUAUGAAGCCCGUGGCGAUGGACCUCCAAGAAGUAGGCUGGCCAAUGCGGGGCGGGGUUUUGUACAGAAAUAAUGAUGCCAUGUAAGAUAAAAUUGUCACAAAUAUAUACAAAGAUCAGGAGUAGCCUUUUUGUGUGCCAAA